UUGUGGCAGUGAAGGUGGAAUCUGAGCUCCCCGUUGCCUACAAGGCCCACGCAUCCUGACCCGGCAUCCCUCAGGCUGCACCCAUUCCCCCUUUUUACUGUGCUGAAGCCACACAGGGCAUCUGUCAGCUCUGCAGGAAAAAAAAUGACUGGGCGAGCCAGAGCAAGAGCCAGAGGACGAGCCCGUGGGCAGGAGACGGUGCAGCACGUGGGUGCCACUGUGAGUCAGCAGCCUGGCUAUGUGCAGCCCCGGCCUCAGCAGCCCGUGGCCGAAGGGGAAUUAGUUGGCCGUGGACGCCAGAGAGGAGCAGUAGGAGCAGCGGCCAAGUCACAAGAGCUCCAGAUAUCUGCUGGAUUUCAGGAGUUAUCAUUAGCAGAGAGGGGAGGUCGUCGUAGAGACUUUCAUGAUCUUGGUGUGAAUACAAGACAGAACCUGGACCAUGUUAAAGAAUCAAAAACAGGUUCUUCAGGUAUUAUAGUAAGGCUGAGCACUAACCAUUUUCGACUGACAUCCCGUCCCCAGUGGGCUUUAUAUCAGUAUCACAUUGACUAUAACCCGCUGAUGGAAGCCAGAAGACUCCGCUCAGCUCUUCUUUUUCAACAUGAAGAUUUAAUUGGAAGGUGUCAUGCUUUUGAUGGAACAAUAUUAUUUUUACCUAAAAGACUACAACACAAGGUUACCGAAGUGUUUAGUCAGACCCGAAAUGGAGAGCACGUGAGGAUAACAAUCACCCUUACAAAUGAACUCCCACCUACAUCACCAACUUGUCUGCAGUUCUAUAAUAUUAUUUUCAGGAGACUCUUGAAGAUCAUGAAUUUACAGCAGAUUGGACGGAAUUAUUAUAACCCAAGUGACCCAAUCGAUAUUCCAAAUCAUAGGUUGGUGAUCUGGCCUGGCUUCACCACCUCUAUCCUUCAAUAUGAGAACAACAUCAUGCUUUGCACUGACGUGAGUCAUAAAGUCCUUCGCAGUGAAACCGUGUUAGAUUUCAUGUUCAACCUCUAUCAUCAAACAGAAGAACAUAAAUUUCAAGAACAAGUUUCUAAAGAACUAAUAGGUUUAAUUGUUCUUACCAAGUAUAACAAUAAAACCUACAGGGUAGAUGAUAUUGACUGGGACCAGAAUCCAAAGAGUACCUUUAAGAAAGCAGAUGGUUCUGAAGUCAGUUUCUUAGAGUACUACAGGAAGCAAUACAACCAGGAAAUCACCGACUUAAAACAACCUGUUCUGGUCAGUCAGCCUAAGAGAAGGCGUGGCCCUGGUGGCACCUUGCCGGGCCCUGCGAUGCUCAUCCCCGAGCUCUGCUAUCUCACAGGUCUAACUGAUAAGAUGCGUAAUGAUUUUAAUGUGAUGAAAGACUUAGCUGUUCAUACAAGGCUGACUCCAGAACAAAGGCAGCGUGAAGUGGGAAGACUCAUCGAUUACAUUCAUAAAGAUGACAAUGUUCAGAGGGAGCUUCGAGACUGGGGUUUGAGCUUUGACUCCAACUUACUGUCCUUCUCAGGAAGAAUUUUGCAAGCUGAAAAGAUUCACCAAGGUGGAAAAACAUUCGAUUACAAUCCACAAUUUGCAGAUUGGUCAAAGGAAACAAGAGGUGCACCAUUAAUUAGCGUUAAGCCGCUAGAUAACUGGCUGUUGAUCUAUACUCGAAGAAAUUAUGAAGCAGCCAAUUCAUUGAUACAAAAUCUAUUUAAAGUUACACCAGCCAUGGGCAUACAAAUGAAAAAAGCAAUAAUGAUUGAAGUGGAUGAUCGAACUGAAGCCUAUUUGAGAGUCUUACAGCAGAAAGUUACAUCCGAUACCCAGAUAGUUGUUUGUCUGUUGUCAAGUAAUCGGAAAGACAAGUAUGAUGCCAUUAAGAAAUAUUUGUGUACAGACUGCCCUACUCCCAGUCAGUGUGUGGUGGCCCGGACCCUUGGCAAACAGCAAACCGUCAUGGCCAUUGCUACCAAAAUCGCCCUGCAGAUGAAUUGCAAGAUGGGAGGGGAGCUCUGGAGGGUUGAUAUGCCUCUAAAGCUGGCCAUGAUAGUUGGCAUUGACUGUUACCAUGAUACCACAGCUGGACGGAGGUCAAUUGCAGGAUUUGUUGCAAGUAUCAAUGAAGGGAUGACCCGCUGGUUCUCUCGCUGUGUAUUUCAAGAUCGAGGGCAAGAGCUUGUAGAUGGGCUCAAAGUCUGCUUGCAAGCUGCUCUGAGGGCUUGGAAUAGCUGCAAUGAAUACAUGCCAAGUCGAAUUAUUGUGUAUCGGGAUGGUGUAGGAGAUGGUCAGCUGAAAACACUGGUUAACUAUGAAGUACCACAGUUUUUGGAUUGCCUAAAAUCUGUUGGUAGAGGUUACAACCCAAGACUAACGGUAAUUGUGGUGAAGAAACGCGUGAAUGCCAGAUUUUUUGCUCAGUCUGGAGGAAGACUUCAGAACCCACUUCCCGGGACGGUUAUUGAUGUAGAAGUUACCAGACCAGAAUGGUAUGAUUUUUUUAUCGUGAGCCAGGCAGUGAGAAGUGGCAGUGUUUCUCCCACACACUAUAACGUCAUCUAUGACAGCAGUGGCUUGAAGCCAGACCACAUACAGAGGCUCACAUACAAGCUGUGUCACGUCUACUAUAACUGGCCCGGCGUCAUUCGAGUCCCUGCUCCUUGCCAGUACGCCCACAAGCUGGCUUUCCUCGUGGGCCAGAGCAUUCACAGGGAGCCCAACCUGUCCCUGUCCAACCGCCUGUACUACCUCUGACCCUCAGGAGACGACGAAACGCAGCCGUUUCUUCUGUUGGAAGUUGUAACUUUGGGAUUUUUUUUUAAGUUUUUUUUUUUUUAGCUGUUACCUUUCUAGAUGAAACUUGGGAAGGGAAUUAGGUCUGGAGUCUCGUGUGUAGCAUUUCUGCUGUGACUGGCUUAUAGGUAAAAAUUAAAGUUUUAUAUUUUAUCUUGUUUACUUCUCAAAUAUGUUGUGAGAAUUUUUUGUUUUGAAAAAAAUGUGCAUACCAUACUUUGUAUUAUAAACAAACUUUCUUAAACUAUUUGAAAAGUGGUAAUUUACCUGAAAGUACUUUCAGGAGUGAGCAAGUCCUGCUUUGUAAACCUACAUUAAUUAAUCUUUUUGAAAUAUUCUUAAUUUAAAGGAGAUAAAGGCAUAAAAGUGGGAAACUCACUACAGCUGUAAGGUAGGGUUUUAUUUGGGUUUAUUUUAUUUGAUAUAUUUUAAAGUUAUAAAACUGCCAUUGAAUAACUUACACAAGGUGUGGGAAUGGUAGACUCUAUGAAGAAGUAGGCUGAUUUUUUUAUUUCAUUUUGGGGCUAGGUGGUAUGGGGGUUAUUAGAAGAAGAUGGUUGAAAAGUUUUAAAUUUCUGUCCAAAGAAACAUUUUAAGACUCUUUAACAAAAAGAGGUCAGUAACCUAUAUUAACAUUACUAUUUAUUUUGUUUGCAACAGGGACAUCCUUCUACUUGUUAUAAAAUAAAAUAAAAUUGGAUCGUCACCUUA